UGGGUCAUGGUUUUCAUGGUAAAUGCUGAAGGUUAAAGAGAGGGACGCAGGGGACGCGGUUCUUUAAAGUCAAAAAUGACGAUUAUGAUUUGUCAAAUGGUAUUCUAUGAUUGUGUUGGGUGAAAUCUUAUGUACAUGCAUGCAUAAAUGCAUUUGGCUAUGUUGAAACAAUCAAACAUGCACACAUGAUUUUGUCAAUUCAAAUGGCAACUGGCGAGAGAUCCCCGAGAGGAAUAAGAGAAAGCGUACCUGUCCUUCACGGUCCCAUUGUUAUCGAGUUGGAACCCAAAUCAAGGCACAUUCACCCAAAAAUGGAUCUUAAUUUAGCUCGAGUGGAUUACAUGCAAGUGGGACUUACGAGUCCUCGCACCAUGAGACUAAUGCCCUCGCCCGGAGGCAAGUCCCAACAAAGGGUGGCGGUAGCUGAUCAUGCUGGCAUCUUGCAAGUAUUUAGUAUGAAGCGACAAGACGUCACUUUGGCCUUCAAAACCUUGCCUGGUCCCGAGAUCCGUCGGUUGGAGUUAGGUGGAGCUUUGGGUACCGUCAAGGACAAAAUAUUUAUUUCGGCUGGGAACGAGAUUCGGGGCUUCACGAAGAAAGGCAAACAAUUCCUAAGCUUUGAGACGAACUUGACGGAAACUAUUCAGACCGCCUCGAUCACGGGCAAUGAUUUGCUGGUGGCGGGUCAGCACGUCUACAAUCACUAUCAGGAUUGCCAGGAUAUGAACUAUUUUUUAUCCGAGGACAAGAUCAAUGACAUCUUGGCCUUACCGGGCGAAAAGGUCUCGACCUUGAGCCCAUUAUUAGCCUGUCAGGAUCGGUCCAUCAAAAUGCUGCGCGAUUCCAACGUGCUGUAUAGCGCCGAGUUACCCGGACCACCCACGUGUUUGCAAUUGUAUUAUAAUGAUGGGGGAGAAAAUGGCGACGAAGUGCUCUAUGGAACAUCAGAUGGGAAAUUGGGACUGAUGAAAUUCGACCGGAAAGGUCCUCAAACUCAUUGGCUGAUUGAACGCGAAGGCGCGUACGGAGCCAUUUUGUCCAUGGACAAUUACGACAUCACGGGGGACGGGGUGAGGGAUCUGAUCGUGGGUCGACAUGAUGGAAAUAUUGAGGUCUACACCUAUGACGAUGAUAUCAAUGAGGACUCCGAACCCACUCUGAAGUACACCCAUAAUUGCGGAGAAAGCGUCAAUUCGAUUGAAGGUGGAGUGGUGGGAAACGCUGGAUAUGAGGAAAUCGUGGUUACGACAUAUUCAGGUUGGUGCUUUGGAAUGACUUCGGAAUCGGUGGAAGCUCACACUGGAUUGCAAGUGGAAAUGGCAUCAAUAACCGAUUCAACGCGAGAGCGAUUGGGAAAGCUCAGGUCCGAGAUCGAAACUUUGCAAUUGCAAGUGAAUUACGAGAGAGACCGUUAUCAAUCCAAUGCUACUUUGGACAACCCACCCUCGAGUAUAUCGGCCAUUCCCAAGUUGGACAUCAACGAUCGGUUCACUCUUAGUCAAGCCGAUGCCUCGUAUAACUUGAGCCUGGAAGUGCAGACCUCCAUUGACAAUGUCCUUCUUCAAAGCGAUGUCCCCGUGGAUCUUUUGGAUGUGGAGAAGAACUCUGCUGUCGUCAGUUACAGUGCUUGCGACCCUCAGAGUGGAAACGCCCUUCUAGCCACGUACAGAUGUCAAGCCAAUACAACGCGUUUGGAGAUCAAAAUUCGGACUAUUGAAGGUCAAUACGGAGUACUUCAAGUGUACAUCACUCCCCGGCUUCAACCCAAAUGCUGUCAAGUGCAACAGUACCAAAUCAAACCCUUAUCUUUGCAUAUGAGGACUCAUAAAUUUGACAAGAACAGGCCGGCCAAUGUCUUGCAUUUAAAAGGGCAGUUCACGUUGGCAGAAAUGCACAAUUGGGUGGGUUUUUGCUUGCCCGAGGUGCCCGAGAAGCCGCCCUCCGGCGAUGUGGCCACAUUCACUUUCAUCUCCACCUUUUUGGAUACCCUUCUUCAGAUUUCUUACUCGAAGGGGGAAGCUACUUUCAAGUCCGAUAACAUUUCGACCAUCUCAAUCCUUAAGGACUUCUUGACCCGAGAGGCAACCAAGAAACGAAUCAACUUAAUGAUUGAUUGCGAUGUCAAUGACGAGUCUGUCACUCACACUUUGAGGCUUCUUCAUCCCAAAUUGGAAUCCCAAUUACUUCUAGCCAAACAGGUGGCCAUGAUUCAACCCCUGAAAGACUUAGCGGCUCACGAGGAGAACCUAGAUUUCUUAUCUCCAGAAUUUCAGUACAUUCUAGACAAUGCCGAGGAGCUCGAAAAUCAAUUCAAGCGACAGCCCGCCCAACUGGAGAGGCUAUAUGGAAUGAUCACAGACUUGUUCAUUGAUCAACACAAAUUCAAAGGCCAGAAUGUCAAGAGCAAAGUCGGACAACUCUUGGAUAUCCUCGACAAGUAUAAUUUGGAAGCCCUGAUCGAGUUCUUUAAAACUCACUGAGACGGAAGCACCCCAUUGAGCAAAUAAACGCGAUUGAUCAGA